AUGGUUCUAAAGAUAGGAUUUAUCCCAGAGCAUUUUUCCACUCCUCUGCAGUUUUCCAAGACGAAGGGAUAUUUUACGCAAAAUGGCAUCGAAUGCGAGCUGAUUGAGUACCCGUCGGGCUCAGGACACCUUAUUCAGUCUCUCAAGAGCCGCGAAAUCGACAUCGCCAUUGGACUCACAGAGGCCUUUGUUAGAGGAAUCUGCGAGGGCGACCACGAAAGCUACCAGAUUGCCGGCACAUAUGUGCAGUCUCCUCUUUGCUGGGCCAUUUCCACCGGUGCCCAGCGCUCCGACCUGACUUCCGAGACCCAGCUUCAAGACGCAUCGAUUGGAGUCAGUCGGAUUGGUUCGGGCUCGUACGUGAUGUCUUUUGUUCUGGGUUUACAGCGCCACUUCAAGAGCCCAUUUUUCAAGAAGUUUGUCGUUUUGGACAACUUCAAGAACCUCAGAGACUCGGUCAACAGAAAGGACGGUGUUGAGGCCUCGGACGCGUUCAUGUGGGAGCAUUUCACAAGCAAGAAAUACUACGACAACGGCGAGAUCAAGAAGAUUGGCGAGAUCUACACUCCAUGGUCGUCGUGGGUUAUUGUCUCCAGCAAAAGUGUGGAGCAAGCGCACGUGUCGUCCUUUUUGAAGGCUGUGCAGCAGGGUGUUGAGUACUACAACAGCCACAAGGACGAGGCCGCAAAAUAUAUCGCUGACCAUCUGGAUUAUACGUAUGAGGACGCCAAGGAGUGGCAAAAGACUGUAAAGUUUGCUGGCGACGUCCAAAAAAUCGAUUUCGAAAAGGACAUUCUCGGCACGAAGUCGGUCCUGAAAACCGCCGGCGUCAUCCAGAAAGACGGCUCUGAAACAGACGAGCAGAUUCUGCAAAAGCUGCGCGCCGGCGUCAUCAACUAG